AUCCUCCUCGAUGAUCACAUUGGGGAGUCCAGCUCAGCCUUGUCUCCUCCUGUGGUGGCCUCAGCCGGGACCCUCAACAUCGCAGUCUCAUUGGUUGGCUCAGAUCAACGGCCUAAAGGUGAUAGGAUCUCCAAUCUGACAGGAGAAGGAUUCUGAGGUGGCUGAGAUUGGACACGAUGGAAACCAUGCAGAGCAUCAAGUGUGUGGUAGUCGGGGAUGGAGCUGUAGGGAAGACUUCUCUUCUCAUCUGUUACACCACCAAUACCUUCCCUGAUGGACAUAUCCCCACGGUGUUUGACAACUACAGUGCCCAGGAUGACUGUGGAUGGAAAAACCGUGAGCCUAAACUUGUGGGACACAGCCGGCCAGGAAGAGUAUGACCGACUAAGGACAUUG